CUCUGCUUCAUCCCCAUUAGGACAAGACUCAUCUUAUAGACCGUUGAACUCUCAGUAACUGAAUAUAGAAUACUUAUCCGCUACUUAGCCCAUGCCCUAUCUUUCCCUAGUUGACAUCAUGUCCACCCAGCCCCCUUCAGCUUAUGUAGGGUUCAUUGUGAAUCUGUCUGUGCGCCGUGCUGCCUGCGACCAGUGUCACGCACAAAAACUGCGUUGCACCAAGCUGGAAGUCUGUGUGAUGUGCGUUCGAUGCCAGCGUCUAAAUCGGCAAUGCAUCUGGAGUCCUCCAUCAAGUCGAUACUAGAUAGCCAGGAACAUACUUCGACUGUGUUGAGCAUAAGACGUGUUUGGGA